UGAGCUGUCAGCACAGAGCCCAACAUGGGCCUUGAGCUCAUGAACCGUGAGAUCAUGACCUGAGACAAAGUCAGAUGCUUAACCAACUGAGCCACCCAGGCGCCAAAAAAUGAACAUAUAAUUUGGGACAUAUCCAUUCCCAGAAAAAUAUCCAGUAAUAAACAACCCAUAGGAAUACACAACAGCAUGAACUAACCUCAUGAAUACAUUGUUGAGUGAAAGAAGCAAAACACAAAAACUUGCAGAUGAUGUGAUAUCAUUCAUAUGAUGUUAAAAAACAAGCAAAACCAUACAUAUAAUUUUGGAAUGCAAACACAGGUGGUAAAACCGCAAAAUAAACCAAAUGAUUAUUGCAAGGUUUAGAAUAGUAAUUAUCUGUAGGAGAGGAGGAAGAUUUUGUGAUCAGGAAAAGACAUACGAGCUCGGAAUGGGUGUCAGCAGGACUUGAGGAGAUUGGGAGUGUUUUCCCUUUUGUUUUGAGUCCUGGUUGAGUGUUUGCUUUAUAAACAUCUGUACCCUAUAAAUUUAUAUGUGCAAUGUUUUAUAUAUCUGUCAUAUUUUCCACCAGACAGCAGUUUAACCUCAAAACCAUGUUGUGACAUCAUCAUGCACCCAUUGUCUUGGAAAAAAUUAAAAAGUCUGACGGAACUGUUACUGGCAAGAUAUGGAGCAUCGUAAGAGUUCUCCCUGGCAGUGAGAAUGUAAAGUGGAGUAAGCGCUUUGGAAAACUUCUCACCCACAGUCCUGUAAAGUGGAUGCCUAUGAAAACAGAAAAAUGACAAAAAUCCAUGGUUUCACAACUUUCCUUUGACUGUGUCCUGCUGCUGCUGCCACUACUCACAAGGUCUUUGGAAGAGGAAUACAUAGUUGAAGUGGGUCAGAAUGCUGUUCUGCCCUGCACCUACUCUCCAGCCACUCCUGAGAAUCUUGUGCCUGUCUGCUGGGGCAAGGGAUCCUGUCCUAUGUUUGAAUGUCAUAGUAUGGUGCUCAGCACAGAUGGAAGGAACUUGAAAUAUCAGACAUCCAACAGGUACCAGCUAAAGAGGAAUUUCCACAAAGGAGAUGUGUCCUUGACUAUAGAGAAUGUGACUCUAGCUGACAGUGGGACCUAUUGCUGCCGGAUUCAAUUCCCAGGCCUAAUGAAUGAUAAAAAAUCAAACCUGGAGUUGGUCAUCAAACCAGCCAAGGUCACCCCUGCUCGGCCUACACACAGAGACUUCGGUACAGCCUUUCCAAGGAUGCUCACCACCAAGGGAUAUGGCUCAGAGACACGGACACUGGAAGCCCUCCAUGAUAAAAAUCAAACUCAAAUGCCCACAUUGGCUAACGCACUACAAGACUCUGCUGUGACCACCAGAAUAGGCAUCUACAUUGGAGUGGGGAUCUCUGCUGGGCUGACUCUCAUUCUUAUCAUUGCUGCUUUAAUUCUCACAUGGUAUUCUUAUAGCAAAGAGAAGUUACAGAAUUCAAGCCUGGUCACUUUGGCCAAUGUCGCUCCCUCAGGGUUAGCAAAUACAGUAGCAGAAGGAAUGCACUCGGAGGAAAACAUCUAUAUCAUUGAGGAGAACAUAUAUGAAAUGGAAGAUCCGUAUGAAUACUACUGCUAUGUCAGCAGCGAGCAACUAUCCUGACAACCCAGAGGUCUAACCCUUUAACCCUGCCAGAUCCCACUACUUCAUUUUUGAGCAUGGUAUCAUUGUGAAAACUAUGAAAUGUGUCAGCUGAUUGGUUUUAGAGGCCCUGUCCAUGGCCACCAAGCAGAGUUUUUACAUUUCGGGAGAUAAUUAGCUCACAUAGGGAUGGAACUGUGUCCUACACUGUAUUUAGGUACAACAUCACCUCUGUAUUUCAGCCAGUGGGGCUACCCAAUUCAGAGCAUGCUAAUUGGGGCAUUAGAGUUCAAAUGGGCUUUUAUAUAGAGUAGGAAUUUUUUUUUUUAAUGUUUAUUCACUUUUGAGAGAGAGACAGAGACAGAGACAGAGGACAAAUGGGGGAGGGGCAGAGAGAUUGAGAGACACAGGAUCUGAAAUAGGCUCCAGACUGUAAGCUGUCAGCACACAGCCCGAUGAGGUGUUCAAGCCCACAGACUGUGAGAUCAUGACCUGAGCCAAAUUUGGAUGCUUAACUGAGCUACCCACGCACCCCUGGGCUAGGAAUUCUUAAUAUGUGGUCCCAAGAAUUCCAGGAAAUUCAGUCACAUGAUGUAUCCACAGAGCUACUGAAAAUAUAGGGAAAAUUAUGUGUUAAGAUAUGUGCAUGUCUUUUUGGUACAGAAAGUCUAAAGGGGCCACUGAGUUUCAAAGAGUUCUGUGACCCAUAAAAAGUUUAGAAGCUAUUAGAGGAGGAGUAGAUGGUCUCGAAGGUUCUCUCUGAGUCUCAAGACUUAUGCUUCUUUGAAUAUUGAUUGUUUCCCAGUAAGUGCUGCUGCACAGCUCUCCUUUGCCAGUUAAGUAGACUGCCUAGCAAGUCCUGUGGUGUGAAGGAGCUCCUAGAGAAAAAGGAAGUGUGCUCCGUGUGUUGCCAAGUUUUGCUUGGGGUGCACUCAAAAGGAAAUAUCUCUGACCAACUUCUCCAUUCAUGGAGAGAACUGGAGCUAUGUUUUUCAUAGAAGAAGCAGUGACUUGUACACAAACUCUGUUUCCUGGUGGAAAGAAAGCACAGGGCUCCAGCAAUCUAUAUUUAUCGGCAUCAAAUC